AUGGCGGACAACAGCACCACGACAGAAGGUGCCUCCACUGGCUUCGUUUUCUACCACUAUGAGCCGUCUAUGGUAGCGGCAACCGUCUUCAUUAUCGUGUUUGGGGUUUCUUGUAUGCUACACAUCUGGCAGUUAUGUCGACGCAAGACUUGGUACUUUAUUCCCUUUGUGAUUGGGUGCAUAUUUGAAGCAGUUGGAUACGCUGGCCGAGCCAUGUCUGCGGGCGAAGCACCCGAUUACACCAAGAACCCCUACAUCAUCCAGUCGAUCCUUCUCCUCCUCGGUCCCGCUUUAUUCGCCGCGUCGAUCUACAUGGUUCUCGGUCGCUUGAUCAACCUUCUCGAUGCCGGGGGAUACUCUUUGAUCAGACCCAACUGGUUGACCAAGGUCUUCGUGCUGGGAGAUGUGCUUUCAUUCUUCGCACACGAUAACGUGAAGCUCGGUGAAAACAUCAUCGUCGGCGGUCUCUGCAUUCAGAUCCUGUUCUUUGGAUUCUUCAUCAUCGUCACUCUUGUCUUCCACCUCCGCCUCUCGCGCAACCCCACACCAAAGUCCCUUACAGUUCAAACCCCAUGGAAGGGUCUCCUCUACGUUCUUUACGGCACCAGUCUACUCAUCAUGGUUCGAUCGCUUUUUCGAGUUGCCGAAUACGUGGGAGGCAAGGACAGCGAGCUACAGGCCAAGGAGAUGUACAUCUACAUCUUUGAUGCGACACUGAUGGGCAUCACAGCCAUGGCCUUCAACUGGUUUCACCCAAGUCGUGUCAUCAACAACCAGGCUACCGGCUUAAAGCAAGUCUCUAGCUCAGAGGUCCUCAAUGAGGGAUACCUGAUGGAAAGCGGACAAUACCCGAAGCCGCAACAACAACAAUACCAAGACCCGCGGUACGAGCCUUACCAAGGAGCCGCCGGUAACCAGGGGUUUCGUAGGUGA